CAGCAGUUUUCCCCACUGCUUCUCUGAUAUGCCAUUAGUUUUGCAUUCCUCACUUUUCCAUACAGCAUAAGAGGUGUUUGAACCUUCAGCAUGACUCUGGUAUUAGCACUUUUGCUUUGUAUGUUUUUGGGGACACAUGGUUUCAACACACAGCAUGUUAUUGAACCUCAGCCCAACUUUGAUGUGGAGAAAUUUGCAGGUGAAUGGUACCGGAUUGGACUUGCAGAUGAGUCACCGCUGUUUGCAAAGUUCAAGAACCAGCUGAUGGUUUCUAAAGGCCUUCUGGUAUCAGAUGCCAAUGGAAAUGUGAAUCUGACCAUGUGGAGCAUGAGACCAUAUGGAUGCAGCAUCAGUGUUUAUUCAUAUGAGAAGACAGAUGUUUCUGGAGAAUUCACUUACUUCAGCAAAAGGCACAAGAUAACAAAAGACAUCACAAUAGUGGAGACCAAUUAUACUGAUUAUAGUUUGGUCCUUAAAUACAAGAACAUGGACAAGGAAUACACUCAAGUAGCUCUUUAUGGACGGUCAUCCAUACAAAGGCCAGAUCUUAUAGAGAAGUUCAGAUCUUUUGCUUUAUCUCUGGGCUUUUCUGAGGAGGCCAUUGUCACUCCAGCAGAUAUUGAUCCCUGCCCCAUCCAAGAACCAAGCCAGCUGUGGAUUCAGACCUUGGGUUACAUAUAUUCUGUUUUGUUACACAUUUGGGGAACAGUGUUUGUUUGUACGCAAACAAUCAUUGAAGAAAUGCAACACUAUAACAUCGCCAAUGUAACGCAAUUUGUGCUACGCUCGUAAAGCCAGCAGGUGGAGCUGUUGUGACAGGACACAAUCAGCCAGCGUCACUGUUGACCAAUGAUAAUCUAGUGAUCCACCUGACGCUAAACAGAUAGUGCUGCUAAUAAUGUACAUGUAUUACAAUAGUUGCUUGCCUAAUGUUUACAGAACAAUUGUGUCAAAUCUUUGUGAUCAUUUUACAACCACUGUAUUUUCAAAUGAGCAAUAAAAAGGUUUUGUGCAAUUAAACAAAACAUACAGGUUUA